CCUCGGCCUCCCAAAGUGCUGGGAUUACAGGCUUGAGCCACCGCGCCCGGCCAAUCAUUUUUAAAAAUUAGGACUCCCUUAACUUUCAUUUCUUGUAAUGGGAUUAAUGCAGGCCAACUGCAAAAAAAUUCAGUCCUUUAAGGAGUUCAUAAAGAAGAAUCUCAGAAUUAAUUACCCAUAAUUCCAUCUAGAGAUAAUUACUGUUAAUCAUAUUUUGGUAUAUAUGUUUAUAGUCCUCCACUUCCCAUCUAAACAUGUAUGUGCUUUUGUUUCUGGAACAUUAAGUCCUUCUAAUUGAUAAAGUAAAUGAAUCAAAGAGUUUCCAAGUGGUGGUUUGUAAAAAGCAUCCAGCCCAGCCACGGGUCACAUUAGACCUGUGAGCGUGUGGGGUCGGGAGGGACGUGCCAGUGAUCUUUGUCUUGUUUUGGAAAACCUCUCAUAUGUUUACACCUUAUAGGAUUAGAGACACAUCAUCUGAAACUAAUCCCAUGGCAACAAAUUAUUUAAAAAUAUAGUGCACCCUUGGAGUGAGUUCUGCAUCUGUGGAUUCAACCACAGAUGGAAAAUAUCCUUGGGCAAAAAAAUAGGAUGUUUGCAUCCUAUUUUACAGACUCAAACAUCUGUAUUGAACGUGUACAGACUUUUCUUCUCAUUAUUCUAAACAAUACAGUAUGAAAAUUAUUAGCAUUAGAUAUUUAUAAAGAAUCUAGAGAUGAUCUAAAAUGUACAGGAGGAUGUGGAUAGGUUAUGUGCAGAUACUACACCACUUUGUCUAAGGGUCUUAAGCAUUCAAGGAUUUUGAUAUCCAGGGGGGUUCUGGAGCAAAUCUGGUUCUGGAACAAAUGGCUCUACAGCCUUUCAGAAUUAAAUUUUCUUUGAUUUUAAUGGUUCUUUCAAAGACCAUGACAGUAAUCACUGAUGCCUGUUGUCUUACAAAUAUGCUUGUACAAGUAACGUUUCCAUGAUUAUAUGUACAAGUAAAAAAUACCCACUAGACAAAUAACAAAUCCAAGACAAGUGAAACUGAGUACGAUGGCAAUUAAAAUGGUUUGCGUGAAUGUCCUGUAACACAUAGAACACAUGAUUCAUCCUCUUGCUAAUGUUCCCAGUUUGGCAUCUUCUAAGAUAUUAUUUGAGCACAAUUUUUGAUGCAGAAUCAUCUCUCUUUUCCCCUGCUUGCUUGUCAGAGGGAACAUUUCCUCCUUAUGUGUCCUACAAUCUUUUCACCUAAUGUGCUUAAACAAGACAAAUUUCGUUCUUAACAUCAGGCUCUGAAAGUUCUUUUUGGUUAGCAUUCACUAUAUUGACAGCUGGUUUGGCAAGUACAUGUUUUAGUAUAAGGAAGAAACAGCAGGCCAGGUGCAGUGGCCCUUGUUUGUAAUCCCAGCACUUUGGGAGGCCAAGGAGGCAGAUUGCUUGAGCUCAGGAGUUCAAGGCCAGCCUGGGCAGCAUAGUGAGACCCCGUCUCUAGAAAAAAAAAAAAAGAAAAAAAUUACAAAAACUAGCCAGAGGUGGUGGUGUGCACCUGUCGUCCCAGCUCUUGGGAGGCUAAGGUGAGAGGAUGACUUGAGCCUAGGAGGCAGAGGUUGGAGCCUAGGAGCCUAGGAUCAGUGUUUGAGAUCGUGCCACUGCUCUCCAGCCUGGGUGACAAAGCAAGACCCUGUUUCAAAAAAAUUUAAAUAAAAACUGCAGAUGAGUUUCUUUUUUAAAACUGGAUUCAGGAUCAGUGUAAUGUUACUGAUCUUCAAUAGUAACCGCAAACUUAAAAAAUCUGUACAUAUUACUGUAUGUAUUAGAUACUCUGAUAAUUAAUAGUUGAGACAGUCAUACCUUACAGUAUUGUUAUCCCAAUUUCAUUAGUGAGGAAACCAGCAGUUAAUAAGUGUUAGGGCUCAGACUCACAUUCUGAAAGUUAUACUGUAGAGCCUGUGUUCUUAGUUUCACCAAAAUAUCUCCUCCCAAAUUAUACAUACCCUUUCAAACCUACCUUCCUCUCAGUAAUGAAUGAUACAUUCUUUCAAUUAACAUGAAUCAGUAUCACUAUUAGUAAAUGUAUUUUAUGCCAUUAUAUAGCAGACUAAUUCAUUCUGUACUCUCCUGUGAUAUUUUCCUCUAUCUUCUGCAAGAUUUUCAUUUUUAAAAAUUACUGUCUUGGAUGGGUGCAGUGACUCAUGCCUGUAAUCCUGGCCUGGGCAACAACAGCGAAACUCCGUCUCAAAAAAAAAAAAAAAAUUACCGUCUUGAAAUUUGCAUAACAUCUAUGGAUGAUGUGAAUGUCCUGGCAGUGAUGUUAUACUGUAUACUGCAAUCACCAAAUGGGGGUAACCAAGUGAAAGUUACAUAGGCUUUCUCAGUAUUAUACGAACAACUACCUAAGACUCUACAGUUGUAUCAAUUUCAAAGAAAAACUUCCAACACACAAGAUAAUCUCCAAACAUAUUGGGCAUACAUGUGUGUACUACUAUAGCUGUUUCCUUGGGAUAAAUUCUAAAAAGUGGGAUUUUGAGUCAAAAUGAGGCUGUGGUUAAGUACCUGCAACAUCCUGUAGACCCUGCGACAUUAGUACUUGGAAUGAGAGCGUGACUAACAGGGCAUAACUGCGGCCUGCACAUUGUUUACAAUCCAGCAAGCAAGGGACACUGAAAAGCAGCUCGGGCAGCCUGUGCUGGCCGGUGGCCUGCAGAGAAUUCCAGGUGACGCUUCAGAGGGCCUAGAAGAGGAUACCCUUCUGAGGACAGCCAUGGCUCGCCCGGCAUCACCCCACUCAGAGGCCAGACGGGGUCCCAGCUGGGGUGACACAGCCCGUCUCCCAGUCGGGAAGGGGCGUCUGCAGGGAGCAAGAUGGACUCAGUGUGGGGCUGCCUGCCUGGAACGCGCCCUGAGGCCCUUGCCUGGGACCGUCCCGGACUACGUUUCCCAGAGGCCCCCAGAACUUAAGGCGCUGCAUGCUGGGACACAGGGCUUGGGGCUCUGAUUUCCCCAGACAUGGCCCGGCGUACUCCUCAAGCCUCUCAUCCCUUCCUGAAGCCUCUGUGUGUUUGGGCCUGAGUAGGGCAUUCGCUUCCUGGGAGGAACCCAGGGGUACAUGCCAAGCACUGGGGUAGGGGGACCGCCGAGUGCGCCCGCGGCUUCGGGAGAGGCCAAGGAAGGAAGGAGUGGGGAGAGUGCGCGCACGCGUGUCAGUGUGUUCAUGUGUCAGCGUCUGUGCACGCGCACAUGUGUGUCGGGGUCUGGUUGCACAUGCGUGUCAAGGUCUGGCCACACACAUGCGUUGGGGGUCUGUGUGCACGCACACAUGCGUAUCGGGGUCUGGGUGUACAUGUGUGUCGGGAUCUGUGUGCACGCACAUGCGUGUCGGGCUCUGCUGCUGCUUGCGCGCGCUCGCAGCUAGGUGCUUGAGGCCUCUCCCGGGUCCGGGGUGCGCAUGCGCGCUGGCCUCCAUGGGUGGCGGGACCGAGUGUAUGACGCACUUGCGUGGGAGUAGGAGGCUGACGCGGCGGCCCUGUCCCCGUAACCGUGACACGGGUGCACGCGAGCGUCAUUGGGGGCGAUGGGGGGCGUGCUGGGUGCGCUUCUGCACUGGUGACGCAACCGCUGUGUCUCCGCCAGUCCGCGCAGGCCAGCAACCUUCAGGAAAAGCAUCCCCGAGGAGGAAGACGAAUCGUUAAACAUCUUAAAGGCUCUAGCCUCUCAGAGUUGUGUCCUCUUCAGUGGAAACCCCAAGAAGACUGAUCAGUUCUUCAUUUCUAAAACAAUGGCCCAGGGUUUGGUGACAUUCGCCGACGUAGCCAUAGACUUUUCUCAGGAGGAGUGGGCCUGCCUGAACUCUGCCCAGAGGGACCUGUACUGGGAUGUGAUGCUGGAGAACUACAGUAACUUGGUCUCACUGGAUUUGGAGUCAGCAUAUGAGAAUAAGAGUUUACCUACAGAAAAAAACAUUCAUGAACUAAGGGCUUCCAAAAGGAAUUCAGAUAGAAGAAGUAAAUCCCUUGGCCGUAACUGGAUAUGCGAAGGUACGCUUGAAAGACCGCAGCGCUCGAGAGGGAGGUAUGUCAAUCAAAUGAUCAUCAAUUAUGUAAAAAGGCCUGCUACUAGAGAAGGUACCCCUCCUAGACCACAUCAGAGACAUCAUAAGGAGAAUUCCUUUGAAUGUAAGGAGUGUGGGAAGGCCUUUAGUCGUGGCUAUCAACUUAGUCAACAUCAGAAAAUCCAUACUGGCGAGAAACCUUACGAAUGUAAAGAAUGUAAGAAGGCCUUCCGUUGGGGCAAUCAGCUUACUCAACAUCAAAAAAUUCAUACUGGGGAGAAGCCGUACGAGUGUAAAGACUGUGGGAAGGCUUUUCGAUGGGGUUCAAGCCUCGUUAUUCAUAAGAGAAUUCAUACUGGUGAAAAACCCUAUGAAUGUAAAGACUGUGGAAAGGCCUUUCGGCGUGGUGAUGAGCUCACUCAGCACCAGAGAUUCCACACUGGGGAGAAAGACUACGAAUGCAAAGACUGUGGGAAGACCUUCAGCCGUGUGUAUAAACUUAUUCAGCACAAGAGAAUUCAUAGUGGGGAGAAGCCUUACGAGUGUAAAGACUGUGGGAAGGCCUUUAUUUGUGGUUCAAGCCUCAUUCAGCAUAAAAGAAUUCACACAGGUGAGAAACCCUACGAAUGUCAAGAGUGCGGGAAGGCCUUCACUCGAGUCAAUUACCUCACUCAGCAUCAGAAGAUCCACACCGGUGAGAAGCCUCACGAGUGUAAGGAAUGCGGGAAGGCCUUUCGCUGGGGUUCGAGCCUCGUGAAGCACGAGAGGAUACACACGGGCGAGAAGCCGUACAAAUGCACAGAGUGCGGGAAGGCCUUCAACUGCGGCUACCACCUCACUCAGCACGAGAGAAUCCACACGGGCGAGACCCCGUACAAAUGUAAGGAGUGUGGGAAGGCUUUCAUUUAUGGGUCCAGCCUUGUGAAACACGAGAGAAUUCAUACCGGGGUGAAACCCUACGGGUGUACAGAAUGUGGGAAGAGCUUUAGUCACGGCCAUCAGCUUACACAACAUCAGAAAACGCACAGCGGGCCGAAAUCCUACGAAUGUAAGGAAUGCGGGAAGGCAUGUACCCACCCAAACCAUCUCCGAGAACAUCAGAGGAUCCACAACAGUUGAAGAGCCUCUUGAACACCGUAGCCCGCUCGUAUCUGUGGUUUCGCUUUCCACAGUUGGUUAUCUGCAGUCCACUGCAGUUCAAAAAUAUUAAAUGGAAAAUUCCAGAAAUAACGAAUGCGUUGGUGUGCCCUUCCGAGUAGCGUGAUGAAAUCUCUCUGUCCGGCUCCAACCGGCCAGGGCUGUGAAUCGUCCCUUGGUCCAGCACAAUCACGCUGUCUACGCUACCCACCCUGCUCGUCACUUAGUAGCCGUCUUGGUGAUCAGACUGACUGUCAUAGCAUCACAGUGCUUGUGCUCAAGCAGUCCCUGCUUUGCUUAACAGCAGCCCCAGAGCAAGAGUAGUGAUGCCAGUGAUUCGGAUAUGCCAAAGAGAAGCCACAAAGUGCUUCCUUUUAGGUGACAUGGUGAAAGUUCUCAAUAAGGAAAAAGAAAAAAAAA